AUAGUUCACUCACUUUCAAAGCCAGCCGAAGGCAAGAGGAAGAACUAGAGAGAGCCCCUUUCAGUGCGUUUCUGACUUUUAUGGACUUGGCUUGCUAGACGGCUGAAAGAGAUGAUGGCAGCAAUGAAAAUGCAGCUGGUAUGCAUGCUACUCCUGGCUUUCAGCUCCUGGAGUCUGUGCUCAGAUUCAGAAGAGGAAAUGAAAGCAUUAGAGGCAGAUUUAUUGACCAAUAUGCGUACAUCAAAGAUCAGUAGAGCAAGUGUUCCCUCUUGGAAAAUGACCCUGCUGAAUGUGUGCAGUCUUGUAAAUAACCUGAAUACCCAAACCGAGGAAGCAGGAGAGAUUGGUGAAGAGGAGCUCCUUACAAGAAGGAAAUUUCCCAUUGCUUUAGAUCGCUUUAGCUUGGAAGCAAUGCUGACAAUAUACCAGCUCGAAAAAAUCUGUCACAGCAGGGCCUUUCAACAUUGGGAGUUAAUUCAGGAAGAUAUUCUGGAUACUGAAAAUGACAAAAAUGAGAAGGAAGCAGUCAUAAAGCGAAAAAUUCCUUACAUUCUGAAACGGCAGCUGUAUGAGAAUAAACCCAGAAGACCCUAUAUACUCAAAAGAGAUUCUUACUACUACUGAAAAGAUUAAUAUUUUAUUCCCAUGUGAUUAUGAUUUAUCAUCCUUUAAUUAAAUAUCAACUUAUAUUUGUGUGAAAAUUUGAUAGGAUACACUCAUUUUGUUUCUUCUACAAUUAUGAUUUCUUAAAUGUGGUUUUACUGCAUUAAUAUAAAUUAAAAUUAAACUAAAUGUUUUCAAAUAAAUCUAGAUCUUCAGCAUGA